GUGCAUUAACGGAAGUGUACAGGGUGAGUCAUUUUCCGACGGCAUUGCUGAUACUAGUGGAUAUUGAAAGUGAAACGAAAUAAAAAUUUGCUGCAGUGUAAUUGAAUUAUUUUCUGAUAUAAAAUAUUUUUGGCAACUAGACUUUUAAUAUUCCUGCGUAAACAUGUCAGAAAGAGAAGACAGUGUAUACAAGGCCAAAUUGGCAGAACAGGCAGAACGCUAUGAUGAAAUGGUGGAAGCAAUGAAGAAGAUGGCUUCCUUGGAUGUUGAACUUACAGUUGAAGAAAGAAACCUUUUGUCGGUUGCAUACAAGAACGUUAUUGGUGCUCGAAGAGCUUCAUGGAGAAUAAUAAGCAGUAUUGAACAGAAGGAAGAAAGUAAGGGUGCUGAAGGAAAAAUUAUUUUGGUCCGACAAUACCGCACUCAGGUUGAAAAUGAGCUGCGUGAUAUUUGUCAAGAUAUUCUGGAUGUACUGGACAAACAUCUUAUACCUGCUGCAUCAACUGGAGAAUCAAAGGUGUUUUACUACAAGAUGAAAGGAGACUACCAUCGUUACCUAGCUGAGUUUGCCACAGGGAAUGAUAGGAAAGAAGCUGCUGAAAAUAGUUUGGUGGCAUACAAGGCUGCAAGUGAUAUUGCAAUGACUGAGCUACCACCCACUCAUCCAAUACGUUUGGGACUUGCUCUAAAUUUUUCAGUCUUCUAUUAUGAGAUCCUUAACUCACCAGAUCGAGCCUGUCGUCUUGCUAAAGCUGCUUUUGAUGAUGCAAUUGCUGAAUUGGAUACCCUUAGUGAAGAAAGCUACAAGGAUUCUACCCUCAUCAUGCAGCUCCUGAGGGAUAAUCUUACUCUAUGGACAUCUGAUAUGCAGCACGAUGGAGAUGAAGAAAACCAAGAGAAACAGAAAGAACAGGUUCAAGAUGUUGAGGAUCAAGAUGUUUCAUAAAAUUAUGUCUCCCUGCUCAUCUAGAUCUGUUGCGAUUACUAUACAUGUACUCAUCCUCCUGCAUCAUACAGAUAUGUAUUCACUGUGUUCAUCUUGUAGGUUUUUGUUUUCCCCUUGCAUCAUCUGAUCCUGUGAAUAGUGCUAAAAGCCAGCCAAGUCAACGAUCACACUGCUCUGCUUAAUAUUAGUUGAACAUGUUCUUCUUUUCAUUAUUUGUAUGUAUAUGGUUUAAUCAAAAGCACCAUUUCUUUAUUUUAGUAACACUGUUUGACAUUUUUGUAAUGUAUACUUGUACUGCACAUUAACAUCAACAUAUAAUUCCUAAACUGUAAAUGUAAUUUGACUUGUAUAACUAUCUGAGAUUUCAAUGCUACAGUAAAUCUUUCCCAUUUCCCUACAUAAUCAUUUAAGAUUGAAAUAUUAAUUGAUGACUUGCAUAUAUAGUAUUUAGUGUAGAUUUACUGUCUUUAUGUUAAUUUUGAUUUUAUAUAUAAUGCAGGAUCAUCAGUUUCAUAAAAACAAGGUUUCAGUUUUGUUAUUGUUUAAAGACAAAAUUUGAGAUUUUCCCCUGCUUAAAGACUGGAUGUUUAUAUCGAGUUUAAAGUAAUCCAAUACUAUUUAGUGUAGGAAUGUACUUAAAAUAAUUAUAAUAUGUAAUUUUGUAUAUACCAUUGAGCUAAGAAAGUUAAGUAUUUUCAGGGGUUUCAAAAAUUACUUUCCCAAAAUAUUGUUUUUCGUAUAUUUAAUAUAUAUAUAAAGCAUAAGAACUCAAUGGUGUAACUCCUCACAGUUCUUUCAGUGAACUUAAGUACUAUUUGAACAAUAAAUGUAAAACACUGUAGCAUAUGUAUUGUUUAGUGUUUUGAAUAAACAAUGUUAUAGAAAUAAAAUAUAAAAGUAGAAUAAUAAAUAAUUGUCUAAAUUGGUUUAAGUUUAGAGUAAACUGUGUACAAAAUCCAAGUAUUUGGUAAGCCAGUCAUCUUAUGGACUUAUCCAGACUAUUUAAUGGAACAUAUUAUCAUAAAGAAUUUGUAAACCUAUCAUUUACUUUUCAAACGUAGAUAAAAAUAUUAUUUUAGUGAUUUCCUAUUUUAAAAUUGCUCUUUACUCUCUCACUGUGCAUUCCAAAUUUGUUUAACCCUUUAUCAUCCAAAGAAGGGUUUUUCCAUUAUUGUAUAUGUACAGGCGGAGAUGAUGUCUAGCGUGCAUAAAUAUAUGGAUGAAGAUGAUAAAGGGUUAAAUACAUCCUGCUUUAACUGGGAACAAAGUGAAAAUAGAUUCAGAAAAAUAAGUAAUUAUUACAGUAAUAAGGCAAAAUAAAAUAUUUCCAUUUUUCAAAAUUCUAAGCUGUAAAAUUUAAAUAUUGUUUUAAUUAUUUAUGAAUGUUGAGGUUUUUUUUUUAAUGCUGCAUUCUACGUUUUCCCUAAUAAGUGUACAUUCUUCACUUAGCAACAUGUACUUUGAAAUGUCUUUGUAGGAAAAAACAAUUAGUAUUUGAAUCUUUUUUACUGUUUAUAGCUCUAUACCACCAGUCUUAAUAUCUAGUUACUUACCACCAAUCAAAUUUUAUAUUUAGAAUUAUAGACUUGAAAUACAGCCCAAUCAGUCAAAUGAUUUUUCUAAAUUUGAUAAGUAGGAUGGAUGUUUAAAGGAAAACAGUUUAUUAAGAAUAAUUCUGGCGUAUGCAUAUUCCAUUUCCUGUUUGAAAAAAAAAACUGCUUAUACAAAUCUGUCAUUUAUGCUGAUGCUUCACACUGAAAUCAUUCUUUUUCAUAUAUAAAAGCCAAGUAUUUUUGUAGUGAGUGGAUUCAUAUGUUAGUUUAAAUAGCAUCUCGUGGAAAGCUUUAGUUUGCUGUUUAUGUGAAAACAAACCUAAAAUGUCUACUGUAAAUGGAAGUGUAGGCGGUUGUUCCUAUUUCAUGAUUCACAUGAUUUUUCCUUUGUUUUAGUACUGCUGUUAUUAAUUUAAUAGAUUGAAUACAUAUUUCUUUUAUUUUGUUAAAAAAAAAUUACCAAAAUUCCAGAAAAUCACAUUCCUGAAUUGUGCAUUUUCAUAGACUUUUGUGUUUUCUGUCCCUCAUGCAUCUGCAUACAUUGUUCUAUAAAAUUAAGCUAGAAUAAGUUUCUAAAAUCUCUAGGUCAGACCUUUUGGAUAAAGUAUAUGUUUAAAACAAUGUAAUAACUAAAUAUAUGAAAAAUUAGUGGAUUUUUCAUACACUUGUCAAAUCAAAGCAACCAAGGAAAAAGAACUACUUAUUAUAAAUCUUAGUUAUGAAAUGUUUUUUGGAAUUGUUAAAAGAGUUAGCUAUACUAGAGCAGUAGAAUUCCAGGAAUUUGUGUUUGUGUCAGGAAAAGUCAGUUGGCAAAAGAAUGAAUGGUAUUUUUCUUAGGAUAUAUAAUUUGAUUAUUUUUCAAGAAUAUAAAAGAACAUUUGUAUCUGUUUUAUUCUUGUUGCAAAGCAUACAGAUAACACACUACACUGAAUGAGGUAUAGAUUGCAUUUAAUGUUUUUUUUUUCUUCCAAGUGUCAUGUAUUGGAAAUUAUACAUAGUUGUCACAUGCUGCUAACUUUAACUUUAUCUAGUUGAUCACUUUCAGUAGGAUUUGGGACAUAAUAUGUAACAAGGUUGAACAUGGUUGGUUUUUAAAUUUGAAAUAAAGUGUUAGUCAUUUAGUGAGUGUUGAACUUAUGUACUUUGCAUAUUUUUAUUUUUAAAUUGUUUAAAAGUAGUGUGUCCUUCACAAUACAUAUACUGUACCUCUGAUGUGAAAAUACAAAUACCCAUAGAAAACAGUAAUUGUAUACAAUAAUGCUUUUAACUAAUACUACUGACUUAAUUUUAAAGUCGAUAAUAGUACAGAAAAUGCUUGAAAGCAAUGAUAAUGUUUAGAGAAAAUUGUAAGAACAAAUUUUAAUUGUUAAUGUAUUUGAUAAAACAGUUUAAAAUGGUAUUAAUUUAACAGCAUAGCACCCAAUAGUACCAACAUGUACAAAAGUGCACAUAAAUGUAUAAACUACCAAGAUUUAUUUUUGCUCUUAUAAGUUUUAAAUGUAUUUUUGCUCUUAGAAUCCAUACUUGUUAUCAAAUUUUUGCAUUCAUAUUGUUAUGGUGUCAUCGUUUAUGUGUUGUAGCAGUAACAGAUUGUCGACGUAGAGUAGCUUACAGAUUUAGCACAUACAGAAGGAUGAGGGGCAAUAUAGAAUAUUUUUAGCUGUA